AUUGACAUAAUAAUCUCAGCCUCAUCACACAUAUAUAGAGAUGGCCAACAUCACAAUUACAUAGAGGUUCCAAAAAUAAAAUAAAAUAAAAAAGAUCUCAGGAGUUAAAAUUCCAAUGAGAUGACGGAAGGAGGAGAAUAUUCAUCGGCGAUGAUGUCAUCAGAUCCAUUCACGUCCAUGAAGAAGAUGAAGAAGAGCAACCACAACCAGAGAAGGUUUAGCGACGAGCAGAUCAAGUCACUGGAGAUGAUGUUUGAGUCUGAGACAAGACUUGAGCCAAGGAAAAAAGUUCAGUUAGCGAGAGAGCUAGGGUUGCAGCCGAGGCAAGUGGCUAUAUGGUUUCAGAACAAGAGGGCUCGUUGGAAAUCGAAGCAGCUCGAGACAGAGUAUAACAUUCUCAGACAAAACUACGACAACUUGGCUUCUCAGUUUGACUCUCUCAAGAAAGAAAAGCAAUCUUUAGUCUCCGAGUUGCAGAAGCUAAACGAGGCGAUGCACCAAAAAAAGGAGGAGGAAAGGCAGUGUUGUGGUGAUCAAGCUGUGGUGGCUCUAAGUAGCACAGAUCAUGAAUCAGAAAACGAAGAGAACCACCGGAGGUGUCAUGAACCUGAGGAGGUUAGACCGGAGAUGGAGAUGUAUGAUGAGAAAGGCCAUCAUGGGGUUUCGUGUGAUCAUCAUGAUCAUGAUCAUGAAGAUGAAGAUGGUUAUAAUAACAACAUCAAGAGAGAGUAUUUUGGUGGGUUUGAAGAAGAAGCAGAUCAGCUAAUGAACAUUGUUGAACCAGCUGAUAGCUGCUUGACAUCAUCUGAUGAUUGGAGAGGUUUCAAGUCAGAUACAAGCCUCUUGCACCAGUCUAGCAGCAAUUACCCUUGGUGGGAUUUUUGGUCAUGAAACUUAAGCUCUUGAAAAGAUGGAUGAAACAUAUUCUAAUCGGAAUUUAUCGGUCUGCAUCGCAUGAGCCGGAGCCACGGAUAUAGAGGUGUUCGGUCCAGCAAACGACUCGCCGACAGUGGGAAUUUUGCAGGGUUUUGAGCUGAAAUUUCAUGGUUUGUCUGUAUAAAUUGUGUUAGAAAGUCGUAUAUUACCACUUAGUCUUUGUAUUUCUGUUUUAAGUAGUAAGUACUCAUUAUGCUUUGUAGCUAAAGUAGUAUAAGUUUUAAGACUUGAUUUGGAUGAAUAAAAAAUCAAAAGGCAGAGAAUCAUAUAUAAUA